CCUGACUUUAACAUUCAAUGACGUAGCAGCUGUAGCACUUCAGACUUCCUCGUUUGUUUUUAGAGCCGAACCGAAACCGUACGCCCCAUAUUCAGAAUGCAUCUAUCCAGGGUUGGACUUUACAUGAAGAGGAGAAAGCGGGGCUGCUCUAAAGUCUGAACAUUUAGUUGUCUUCCUCCAUCCGGCCGUCACUCUCUCUGCCUCUUCAGAUUGGCGCUCGUCCCCUCUUCCCUCGCCAACAUGCUUUGUUGGGGGAAUGCAAAAGACGGACAGCUGGGUAUCGGCAUUGAGAGGAACCCCAUGUUUGAGCCGAGGAACUGUCAUGUGUUCACUGGCAGGGGACUGAAAGAAAUAGCUUGUGGAGGGCAACACUCAAUGUUCCUUCUGCAUGAUGGUAGUGUGUACACAUGUGGUUCUAACAGCUGUGGACAGCUGGGCCACAGCAAACCAGGGACUUUCCCAGAGCUCGUAGGAGCUCUGGACACUCAGACGAUAACAAUGGUGUCGAGUGGUCGGUCCCAUUCAAUGGCGGUGAAUGAGCAGGGUCAAGUGUUUGCGUGGGGGGCCGGUGAAGGGGGCCAGCUCGGUCUGGGGACUGCAGAGGCGGCUGUUCGAAUCCCGAGGUUGGUCAAAAGGCUGUGUGAGCAGCGGAUCUCUCAAGUAAUGUGUGGGAAUCAGCACUGCAUUGCACUUUCUAAAGAUGGCCAGCUGUUCACGUGGGGCCAGAACACCAGCGGCCAGCUCGGCCUCGGGAAAGGAGAGCCCAGCAAGCGGUUCCCUCAUCCCCUGAAGUCUCUGUCGGGUAUUCCCUUGGCACAGAUAACCGCCGGGGGAGACCACAGCUUUGCCCUCUCCUUGUCCGGAGCUGUCUUUGGUUGGGGCAAGAACAAAGCUGGACAACUUGGUCUCAAUGAUAAACAAGAUCGAGCUGUUCCGUGCCACAUCAAAUUUUUGAGAUCUCAAAAAGUUUGCUAUAUCAGCUGUGGAAAUGAACAUACAGCAGCCCUCACAAAGGAUGGCGGCUUGUUCACGUUUGGUGAAGGCUCGUGGGGUCAGCUGGGUCAUGGCUCCACAAAUAAUGAACUUUUACCCAGACGAGUGCUGGAGCUCAUGGGCACUGAAGUGUCCCAGAUCACCUGUGGCAGGCACCACACGUUGGCGUUUGUUCCCUCCUCCGAUGUGGUGUAUGCAUUUGGUUGCAACAGCCUUGGCCAGCUGGGCACAGGACUACUGGGGGACGCCAGGAGCCCGCUUCCUGUGAAGGCCGGUUUCCUGACUGGAAAUCCACACAGAACCGAAUCAAAACAAUAUACAGUGACUAAAAUCAUCUGUGGAGGAGAUCAUAGCUUCUUAUUGCACUCUAAUGACCAGAGUUCUGUCAUCUCCGAAGACUUCAGAGUGAUCAAUGUCAGCAAAUCAAUCGCCCCAAUCAAUUAUGAACAAUUAAAUUCAUGGAGGUUAAAGCUGAUGUACAGCACAGAUUCCAGUGUCACAAAUGACAUUAAAAUCCAACUCUCCUCUACGGCUUGUUGGAACGCCAGCUUUUUGGACCAAAGUGACGAUACCCACUUCAAAACCAACCCAAAGAUCCCAGGCAUCGAUCUCAACUCUGUCAGAAAGCUAUUUGAGAUGCUCAGCAAACCGGCUUUCUCUGGACUUCUGGAACAGGCCUCCAAGAGCUUUGAGAGUCUGUUGAUCCCUCAGCUGCAGCGCUCCCCUCCUGACGUCGAGGCCAUGAGGAUCUACCUCAUCUUGUCUGAGUACCCGGCCCUGUUUGACUCCAAGAACUACAUCCGCCUCACUAUCCCCCUUGCAAUGGCCAUCCUCCGGCUUGAUGCCAACCCCAGCAAAGUAUUGGGUAUCAUACUUGCAUACAACUGGUGGUGUUUUGUCGACGGCGGCGUGUUCACCAGAAUGGUCGACAUGUACAAAAGCAUCGUUGUGUUCCUGCUAACGGGAGGCAAGACGCUGCUCGUACCGGUUUGCUACGAGAACUACUUUGUGGCCACUCUGAGGCUGCUGGAGAAACUCCACAAGGUAAACUUAAAGGCCCACCAUGUGGAGUACAACCGCUUUUAUAUCCCUGACAUCACCAGCCUGGUGGACAUCCAGGAAGACUACCUCAAAUGGUUUCUGAGUAAAGCUGACAUUAAACAAUCAUCCUCCCCUUCACAGCAGGGUGACGUUCCCUCAGUGAACCUAUGUGCCUACCCGUUCAUACUGAACGCUCAAGCCAAGACAACCAUGUUGCAAACAGACGCUGAACUGCAAAUGCAGAUGGCAGUGAGCGGUGCAAACCUACACAACGUCUUCAUGCUGCUCGCGCUGGAGCCCCAUCUUGCGAGGAACCCUUACUUGGUGCUGCAUGUGCGCAGGGACCAUUUAGUAAGCGACACACUACGAGAGCUCACCAUGUACUCUGAUGUGGACCUCAAGAAACCGCUCAAGGUGAUUUUUGACGGAGAGGAGGCCGUGGAUGCAGGUGGAGUAACUAAAGAGUUCUUCCUGCUACUGUUGAAGGAGCUGAUGGAUCCUGUGUAUGGGAUGUUCACUCAUUACAAAGAGUCCAACCUUCUGUGGUUCUCAGACAAAUGUUUUGUGGAGCAGAACUGGUUUCACCUGAUCGGGAUCAUCUGCGGUCUGGCCAUCUACAACUCCACAGUGGUGGACCUCCACUUCCCCCUGGUUCUCUACAAGAAAUUGCUCAAUGUGUCUCCAACCCUGGAGGACUUCAAGGAGCUGUCACCCACCGAGGCGCGGAGUCUACAACAACUGCUAGACUACGACGGAGGUGAUGUGGAGGAGACGUUUCUUCUCAACUUUGCUAUCACCAGGGAGAACUACGGGAUGACAGAAGUCAUGGAGCUCGUUCCUGGAGGAGAAAGCAUCAGUGUGGAUAAAAAUAACAGGAAAGAGUUUGUCGAGGCGUACCUGCGCUACGUGUUCUCAGAUUCUGUGAGCGAGCAGUACUCGGCCUUCUCCUCUGGCUUCCUGAAAGUGUGCGGUGGGGAGAUCCUGCUGCUGUUCCAGCCGUCUGAGCUGAUGGCCAUGGUGGUCGGCAACAACAACUACAACUGGGAGGAGAUGGAGAAGAAUGCCAUGUACAAAGGGGAAUACACAGCCACUCAUCCAACAGUCCGAUUGUUCUGGGAGGUUUUCCACGAGUUCCCUCUGGAAACGAAGAAGCAGUUCUUAUUGUUCCUGACCGGUAGUGACCGAAUCCCCAUCCAUGGCAUGGAGAGCCUGCGUAUCGUCAUCCAGUCCACUACGGCGGAGGAGCACUACCUACCGGUGGCCCACACCUGCUACAACCUGCUGGACAUGCCCCGCUACAAGACCAAAGAGACCCUGCACCGCCGUCUCACUCGGGCUGUAGAGCAGUACGAGGGCUUCAGCCUGGUCUGAGCAGGAGGAGACAUGCAACCGUUUGAAUGCACUUUAACAGCAAUACAACCCCAUGUCGGUGUCGAAGGAGUGUAAUGGGGACUUCAGGACACAGGAAGGUUACUCCCUUUAUAUGCUCUUACAAGUUUGUUAAUCCUCUUAAAUCUGAAAGGUCUAUCUAUGUACACGCAAAGUAUUAUUGUUUUUGUGGCUUUGGGCAAAGUUUCUCAACCUUUUUAGGAUCAUUUGGAAUAUAUUUUUGAUGUAUUGAUAUUUAUUUGAAAUAUAUCACAGACCUGAAAUACUAAAUAUGGAGUCAAAUACGUCUAAAUAUUAUUGAAUUCACACAGAAGGAUUCACAAAUGUUGUGUUUUAUAUCCAAAUAUCUCAAUGCACACACAAAUGGUUAUCAUUAUAUAAAGGUGUAUCAAUGCCUUGGAUUGCAAUGUUGAUGUUACAAUUUACUAUUUUGUCAUAGCAACCCUGUAUUAGUUGAUAUAUUAGUAUUAUGACAGCUGGGUAAUGCUCUCUAGCCUUAAAUGUUAACUAUGUGUUUGUUUCUCAGGUGAUGUUUGUGACUUUGCCAUGAGUGCUAUAGUGCUGCUAACCUCCACUUUGACUGAAACCCAGACAAUAAUGUUAUAUACAGUGUGUACUCAUUCAGCUGAUCACAAAACCACCUGGCAAACGAACAUAUAGCGUUAGAUAAACUAUCGUAAGCCAACGUUCGCUAAUGCAUAUUCAGUAUAUAUAAAUCACAAAAUACAUUCAUGACUCCUGUGUGCAUUUAUUAUUAUUGAGUCUGAUCUAACUGCAUAUAAAAAAUGUCAUUCUUAAAUUCAUAUGACCACCUAAUCAUACGUGUCUUUUGUGACCAAACAUCGAAGGCCAGAGAAGGUUGAGAAACUCUGUCUUUGGGUGUUUGUGUAGUUUUAUUUUUGUCGUCUUUUUUUUUUUUCACAGCUGUGUAUUUUAUAUUCAACUCCUUAAAUUCUAUUUUUUACCUUUUAAAGAAUUAUGUUAUUACCUUGAGACAAUAUUUCUGCUUUUUGUUACUUUUAAUUUAAUAAAUAGAGUGGCUAUUUUUCAACAAAUUUAAAAUGUGUAUAUAUGUAUGUAAAUAGUACUUUGAAUAUAAUCUUUACCUUUUGAAAUUGGGAGGAGUAUUUGUCCCACUGAUCUUGUUAAUGGGAGAGUAUUCAUCAAGCAGAAGGGUGCCGGAUGUAACAUUAUGUAAUAUUAUUUGCAAUCCCUUGUUUCUUUUGAGCUGUGGAUCACAGAGCAGCUGACUUGGUCUUUAACCUGCAUUCAACAGUGUUGCCUUCUACAGCAAAACCUACAUGAAAAGAUGAGUUUUAAAGUGUUUUGUAGUGGUUGUUGUUGUUCAUGUUCUUGAGGGAAAGCAAAAACCUGAUUGUCAUUUAAAAAAAGGUGACACUUUGGGAAAUACACUUAAUAGCUUCCUGGCAUUGAGUUCAAUGAGAAGAUUGAUAUCAUUUUCCAGAUUUAUCUGUUAUAUAAUGUGGCAACCAGCAGCCGGGUAGGUUAGCUUAGCACAAAGUGUGAUGAAACGGCUGUAAACAAAAAACAACACACCCACCAGCACCACUAAAGCUCACUAACUAACGGAUUAUGUCUUUAAAAAAGUUAAAACCUGUAAAAAUAAGAUUUUGGCCUUUUACAUGAACUGUAGUUAUUGACCAAAGCAUUUCUUGGCUUUGACCCAUGAGCCAUGAUCUGGUUAGAAAAUAAAUGUUAGGCCUGUGUUGCCACUGCAAACCUUUAUUAUUCCUUUAUUAGAAUGCAUUGCAUGCCUCUCAUAUUUCAUAUGCAGGCCACUAAUAACAGUGUUACGCUGUACACGUUUCUGGAGUCCCCACUGACAACUGAUCAGAGCCAGGAAAUAUUCGGGCACAUAACGGCACUUAAAACAACAAAUUGUUGUUUUUACACUUUGGUUUGAACAAAUUAGAUACAACAUGUUAAUUGUUGAGCUUUAGACAUGCUAGUUGACAGAUUGCGUAACCGUUGGACAAAGCCAGACUAGCUGUUUCCCCAAUUUCCGGUCUUUUUGCGAGACUAAGCUAACUGACUGCUAGCUGAAGCUUCAUAUUUAGCUAACAAAGUUUAGCUAACAGCGCUAAGCUAACAGAGAUAAGCUAAUGUUAACUCUCAAUCAGAAAGCAAAUAAACGUAUGUCCGAAAAGGUCCCUCAAUACUACAAAAAUAAUCAUUCAAAUAUAUAAAUUGUGAUUAGUUUGUUGCAAAUAAUAAUAUUGUAAUAUUUGUGCAAGACGACACAAUACUUAAAAGCGUCUGCAGAUAAACUUAUUAAAGACUUUAGAUAUAGUCAGUUGAUGAACUGUAUCUAUCACAUCACUUGUUCCUAAACUUUCCCUGAUGCUGUAUUUAUUCCUACAGUCCAACAUCUUAUUCUAAAAGGAUGUUUUACUAAGUUGCAUUGGUGUUGAGGUUUGUGAAAUGGUCUUGCAUUUACAUAUAUUUUUUUUAUAUAUUUCAUAUUAUGGUGUCAAAGUGACUUCAGACAAUAAUUUACUUUGUGUGUCCUGACUAUCGGGGCACAUCUGUUAAGCAAUAAUGAAACACAGCCCGGUAAUGUUGUGGUUAUCCUCCUAAAGGUCUUAACCACUCUUCUGAGAUGUUUUCUCCGGACACUUCAACUUCUUGCUUUGCUCUAUACUGCAUGUACACACGUUAACUAAGUAUGUGUCUAAUUUAAGCUAAUUUCUCCUGCAGAGUUUGGUCCUAUGCAAAGGUUUAUGCGUCCCUUUACUUUUAAGCGGCCUUUUAAUGUGCUACAGAAAAUGUGAUUUGAAUUUUAUUUUGUUGCACAUUUGUCUGAAAUCUACACAAAGCUCUCUCUGUUCCAGCCAACUUUCUUUUUACAUUAAAAUAAUACAGUGCUCGUC